AUAUUUAUAAGGUGCUUGAGAUUAGGAAGCUUGAUAGUUAAGAGUCGCUUAUGCUUUUCAAUUUGCAUGCUUUUGGCCAAGAUGAACCAGUUGAAGGCCAUGUUGAACAGUCAAGAAAAGUACCACACUGCUGUGGGGGGAUGCCUUUAGUUCUAGAAGUGAUGGGUUCUUGCUUAUCUGGGAAAAGCGUGGAUGAAUGGGAAAGUGCAUUGAAGAGAAUAGAAGUCAUUCCGAACUAUGAAUUCCUCCAAGUACUCAAAAUAAGCUAUGAUUCUUUGCCAGAUAUCCACUACAAAAACUUAUUUCUUGAUAUUGAGUGUUUCUUUGUUGGGAAGGACAAAGAUUACGUGAUCACGAUAUUGGACGGUUGUGGUUACGCCACGAUAGAUGGGCUUCGAACUCUUAUGGACAGAUUUCUCCUCACAGCCAAUAAGAAGCUAGAGAUGCACCAGUUGCUUCAAGACAUGGGAAGAGAAAUUAUAUGCCAAAAAUCAUACGAUGAAACCAGGAAAACGCAGCAGACCGUGGUGUCAUGAGGAUGUCUUAGAUGUGUUAAGGGAGAAAACAGUAAGAAAUUUGCUUUUCAUUUUUAUCUGUAUGAUUUUGUUUAGGUGUACUUUAUCUUGUCCAUUUUACUAGGGUACGGA